AUGCCCGAACCACGCCACCAAGAUGGAUCCAAAACAAGCAACCGUCUCAGGGAUAUCAAGAACCAAAAUGAGGCAAAGUACAAAGAGGAAUUGUCACCAGCCCCAAAUGAAUCAACUCCAGAUGCAGAAGAGUUAGAGUUUGAAAGAAAUUUAGAUUACUUAUUAAAUAAUGAGGAGCUAGUAAAUGGUACCGACAAUCAAACCUAUGUUGCAGCAACUGGAGCCAAUGAAAUUGAGAUCAGUAUUGUAUCGCAACGUGAUGGGAGAAGUGGAAAGCUGAAGCCAACGAAACGAACACAACGACAAAUCAAUCUUUCGGUAGCAGACAUCAUUGGAGAUAUAGGUGAGCUUGAGUUUUCAUCCGAUGAAGAGGAAAACCUUAAUACAGCAGCUGGAAUGGAGCCAAUUGAUUCUAGCGAUGGCUUGAAGAUUAAGAAUAAAAAAAAACUGAAGAAGAACAAGGGCAAGAAGAAGUCCCUCAAGGAGAUUGAUGAUGGGAUGAGUGAAGAUCUAGGAAAGAAUGCAAAUGGGAGCAGCAAACCAAAAUCAACGACUGAUGAGUCCGCGAGUGGUGCUAUCAUGGAAAAUGCUUCACUUCAGCAACAUAAACCUAACUUGAAAACCGACAAGACAAAAGAAGCUUCUCCAAAGUCCUCAAACCGCAGUUCAAAGGCUAAAACCAAGGAAAGGAAAGUCGAUGAGGAACAAAAAUCAUGUGGCUCAAAAAGUGAUGGCGAGUCCCCGAUAAAGAAAAAGUCAAGAAACAAGAAACUGAAGAAGCGGGAGGAUUUUCAGGAACCAACGACCGUCGUGACAGGUGUAGAACCUUCCCAAAAGAGUACUGAACAACCAUCUGAGUCCAACAACACCAAGCAAAGUCAUGAAGGAAGUCCCAAGAAGAACUCGAAAAGGAAGAACAAGUCGCCAAAGAAGAAAUUGACAUCAAAAAAUGAGACAAAUGGGGAAAAUGUACAGGCUCCAGCAAAGACUGCUUCAGAAAAUACUGAAACUGUUUCGAAUGAACAAUUGAGUGGCUUUAAUGAUGAGCUUAUAGAUUCAGCGCAUGAAAAGGAGAAGGCAAACGAAGACACCAGUAAAGGCGAACAAAUAAAUAAGAAAGAACAUGAAAUCAAGCCUGCGCCUGUGGUCACACCGACAAAGAACAAACCACGAGCCCAUUUUGAUAGAGAAAAUCAAACCCAACCGUUAAGCUCUAACCUGGCAGGCGCUUUCAAAAAUAGCCAAAAUUCGAAUAACACCGUAUCUUCAUUAUUCGGAGUCACCUUGAAACCACUCAAACUGUCAUCCAGCAAAUCCGAGCACUUGCCCGAACUUUCUCCAAUCAAAACAAUUAUUGGAGUCUCUCAUCAGCAAAUCUUAACCGCCGACUUAUCAGAUGUGAAACUCAAAACUAUUAUGAAUGCACCAUCAAUUUCGAAAUACGCUGCAAAUUGUAUGAAAUUUGCAAAGAAAUACGAAAAUGAAGUUUUCAACAAUUACAAUUUGAAGAAGCAGUUUCUCACCUUGUGCAUCAAUGUUGCUCUUUACGAGUCCAAUGGGUUCAAGAAAUCUGUAAAGAAAUAUCCUGAUAUACUUCAUAAUUUUGGCCAUUAUGACGAGCUCAAUUUGGCAAACACUCAUACAACAAUCACUGCAUCUGAAAGAGAGUCACAUCGAAACACAUUGGACUAUUCAGUAUUUGCCUAUUUUGGUCACAUUUUGAUCUGGGCCCUAAAUUUGCAAAGGAAAGCUACGAUUGCGCUCUUUAUUAGUGAAUAUGACAUAUCACUCUCACCUAAUGAGAUCAAAAUGAAGAUUGGUGGGCUUCAUUUGUGGGACAGGUUAUUUCGUGAAUUGAAGGGAAUGAAUUCAAAGCGAUGGAAACAUGUCUUGAAAUUUAGAAAUAUAUUUGCAUUGGAAGAAGAUCAGUUUAUGGUUAUCCUACGGUUUAUGAAAAUCACCAAUAUUCCAUAA